AUUUUUCCCCCCGCUAAUGGAACAAAAACUAAUGAUUUCGGAACAGAUAGCCAUUAAUCUGCUUGUUAAAUCGAAUGAGGUUAAUUCACUGUAAAAUGGCCAUCUCCAAAUUCCAGCUCACCGUUUCUCCACCAUUAUUUCCCUCCUGUUCCAUUGGACAACAUAUUUUGGUUAUUUCCCUUCCUGCGUUUCCCAUUGGUCGCUCUGGGUUUGACAAACAGUAAGAGGGUUGCCCUUAACGCUUCGAAAAAAAGUUUUCCAGAAGUGAAUAUCAAUCAGAGAGAACUCAACGACAGAAAAAGAGACGUAGAGAAGUUGGACGGAGACGCAAAACAUCGAGAUAUAUUAACAAACUAACUUCUCGGAAAAGAUAUUCAGCUAAAGUCUCAUCGUUGGGAAUGGGUUCUUUUAUUUUUAAGCCUUUAAAGGGCAUACAUUAGACUUGGGUUUGGAUUACCGUCGUCACCGGAGACCUAAAUCCACCCGAUAUAAACAUUUUGCGCGUGCGGCAUUCCUGCGCCUGCCGCCCGGACGGAGUUUCUAUUUGUCCUCCGUUGGAUUUGCAGUGGGAGAGAUGAGUGACAGGAGACGAUCCGCUGCCGCGCUGAGUUCACGAGCGCACGCCUUUUCGGUAGAAGCCCUGAUCGGGACAAACAAGAAGCGGAAGCUCCGGGGCUGGGAAGAAAAAGAACUGGAGCUGUCUAUGGAGAGCCUCGCGAGCAACGAACAGUUGGGAGACGGCGAGGAUCCAGCGAAUUGUCUGGAUAUCGAUCCGGAUUCGGAGGCCAGCCCGGGCUCUGACGGAGAGGGUCUGGCGGAGAGGACGUCCUGCUCGUUCGGCUCCCCGGCGGACCUGACCCCUGCCGCCUGCGACCCUUCACCCUCAGCCUCUAUGGAGGAGAUCCAGGUGGAGCUGCAGUGCGCUGACUUGUGGAAACGCUUCCACGACAUUGGUACAGAAAUGAUCAUCACAAAGGCAGGAAGGAGAAUGUUCCCUGCUAUGAGAGUUAAAAUCGUCGGACUGGAUCCACAUCAGCAGUAUUACAUUGCCAUGGACAUUGUACCAGUGGACAACAAGAGAUACAGGUAUGUGUAUCACAGCUCAAAGUGGAUGGUGGCGGGAAACGCAGAUUCCCCAGUGCCGCCCAGGGUCUAUAUCCACCCGGAUUCACUGGCUUCAGGAGACACCUGGAUGAGACAAGUGGUCAGCUUUGACAAACUCAAACUCACCAACAAUGAGCUGGAUGAUCAAGGCCAUAUCAUCCUGCACUCGAUGCACAAGUAUCAGCCCCGUGUCCACGUGAUCCGAAAAGACUUCAGCAGCGAGCUUUCUCCAACCAAACCUGUUCCUACAGGGGAAGGAGUAAAGACGUUCAGCUUCCCAGAGACCGUCUUCACUACGGUCACAGCCUACCAGAACCAACAGAUUACCCGUCUAAAGAUUGACCGCAACCCCUUUGCCAAAGGAUUCCGGGACUCGGGGAGAAACAGGACUGGGUUGGAGGCAAUAAUGGAGACAUAUGCUUUCUGGAGACCUCCAGUGAGGACGCUGACGUUUGAGGACUUCACGAACAUGCAGAAACAGCAAGGAGGGAGCACUGGCACCUCUCCCACUACCUCCAGCACUGGCACUCCAUCUCCCUCCGGUGCGACACACCUUCUCUCCCCGUCCUGUUCCCCUCCUACUUUCCAUCUGGCACCCAACACCUUCAAUGUGGGCUGCAGGGAGAGCCAGCUGUGUAACCUGGGCUUGUCCGAGUACCCCGCAUGUGCCAGAAGCAACAUGGCCGCCCUGCAGGGCUACGGAGGACUAGCCGACGGCUCCUACGGCCGCCUCCAGACCACAGGAGGCACUGUAACCUCCGCCCAGGCUUCUGAUUCCUUCUUGCCUCAGAGGACUUCCUCUCUCAUCGCUGCAGGAAUGCAGGGAGGGGCUCACGCCUCAUUGGCUGCUGGUAACAGCAGCGGUUGCAGCGGCGGGGGUAAAAUGGAUGCGUAUGGAAGUCAGCUGGCCUCUUUUCCCGCAUCCCAGCUACAGUACGUCAUGCAGGCAGGGGCGAGCUCCGCCUCUGGGUCAUCAGCUUCAUCCAGCUCAUCCCCGUCCUCCGCGCAUAUGUUCUCUGGGAGCCAUCAUCACGUGCAGCAGAGCACAUACAACGCUUUUUCCCUUCACAAUCCCUACAACCUGUACGGAUACAACUUCCCAGCAUCACCGCGCCUGGCUGCCAGCCCAGAGAAGCCUCAGGGUGGCUUACUGUGCUCUUCCUCCUCUGCCGGAGCAUUUGCUGAACGUCAAUACCUGUCCAACAGCGGCAUGGACAGUAUGCACAUGAUCAGCAACCCCGCGGGCAGCCAACAGGGGGCCGGCAGCUGUGACGGCCGCCAGUAUGGCUCCUCUUCACAGAUGUCCAUGCACAUGGUUUGAAGUGCUUGGAAAAUGUUAAAUAAACCAAAAACAGAUAAAAACACUAACAGCUGCUGCAAUUUUUUGCUCAGCGUUACAGGGUUUUCAGAGUUUUAUUAUUCAAAAUGUCUGAUAUUUUGGCAUGAGCAUUUCACCAUCAUGAUAUUGGAGACAACAGCCGUUCAAUGUGCACUUAUUGUCAUCUCAUUGCCAUAUAACUCAUCAGACUAUAAUGGAGUUAAAGUGUUACCUGUGUUCAUCUCUUACAUAAUAUGCCGUCAAAAGCAAAUGGAUAUACAAGCUAAAAAUGACUCUUCAAACUCGACUGUUGUUGUUGCUGACCCGCCGACCUCAACGAUGUGCAAAACUGAACUAAGUCAAAUGAGGUCCGAUUUUUAGAAGAUGGAUUCUGGUGAGGAUUCAUAUUUGGUGCAAUAAUAACAGCAAUAAUGGACCCAUAACUGUCCAACAUUAACAGAGACAUCAGCCAGAACUAAACAUAUCCUCAAAACUGUGACGAAUAAAUGUUGUCAGUAUGACGUUUUUGUUGUUGAUAAUAAUAUACAAUGCUUGUCAUAGAGGUUGCGAUACGAUGUUGGAAACCGACGGACUCUCUCAGGAUGGCAAAGUUAAAUCCUCCUGUAAUAACAGGGUCUCUGUGUGUUUCUGACAAUUUGUUACUGAAAUGCUGAACCUUUGCCUAUUGGUUUGGAAAUGGCUUAACCAUAUCCUGAGUGGAACAUAAACAUAUAAACAAUAGUGAAUGCACGUAAAGCACAUAGGUUUUAAAUUGUUGUGUGGAUAAAAACCAUAGGAAGACAAGGUAAUUAAGGUAUAUGCUUUGGAGUGUUUGUAAAUGAAUAUAUUUAAAUGCUAAGCAAUUCUAUGGCCAGUGUAUGUUGAAUUAAAACCAGUGUGGGAGGAAUGAACAAAUGUUGUUUUAGGCUUUUGAGGCUGUAAAUACAAGUGCCAAGCACAUAAAGCUCAUUAAAUAAACAUUAUAAGUUCUC